GACUCUGUACGAAGUUUUACACCUAUAGUGAUCAACAUCAAUGAGGACGCCGAAACAUCAUUUAUAGACAACCCUGCCGACGGUCUCUACCGGCCAUCAACACCGAGCGAUGAGAGCGAAAAUGGCGACGUGAAGUUGAACGUCCAUAAAAUGAAUACUGCUGUUCGCCUAAACCAUGUCAUCAAGGAAAACUCACCAGAUUCACAGCUCGUACUUCUCACACUGCCUCGUCCACCAAAGAAUCGAAGCAUAUUUCAAAAUUCGUACAUGGUAUACCUGGACGUGUUGACGGAAAGCCUGCAACGAGUGCUGUUCAUCGGUGGCAGCGCAUUGAUGAAUAAAAAUCAGUUUAAUAUCAGUUCAGUAUCGUCCACAUUCUACGCACCAAACGCUCGCAAUUACAGCCUGUCUCAAUUGCAGUGCCCCUUUUACACGCGGUAA